AUGAAACUUACCAUCGUUACAUGCUCGCUACUGGCCAGUGCUUCAGCGCACACCAUCUUCACGCAACUACAUGUCAAUGGUGUGGCACAGGGACAGACCAAGGGAAUACGGGUCCCAACAUACGACGGCCCAAAUCCGCUGAGGACGCCUCUUCCUAAAGACAUUAUCAACGUGAAAGCUGGGGAUAAGCUCACUGCCGAGUGGCACCACACACUUGAUUCGAAGCCAGAGACUGAUAAGGCGGACCCUAUUGACCCCGGUCACUUGGGUCCGGUCAUGGUGUAUCUGGCCAAGGUUGACAAUGCCCUGACUACCGCAGUGGCUGGUCUCAAAUGGUUCAAGAUCUACGAGGAUGGCAUGGACGCCAACGGUGAAUGGGCAGUCACACGACUGUACAACAAAAAAGGCCUGGUAGACUUUGUUCUUCCGUCCUGCAUUCCUAGCGGACAAUAUCUGCUGCGAGCCGAGAUCAUCGCUCUUCACGGAGCUGGCAAUUACCCGGGUGCGCAGCUCUACAUGGAAUGUGCCCAGAUUAAUGUCACUGGUGGAGGUAACGCGAGUCCAGCUACAGUCAGCUUCCCAGGAGCAUACAAGGGAACCGACCCUGGCAUCAAGUUCCAGAUGUACUGGCCAAAGCCUACAUCGUACACAAUCCCUGGGCCACGGCCUUUCACAUGCUCUGCGAAGCUCAAGUAA